ACUGGUCGGGGGUCCGCCUCUCCGGCUGCCCCGUUUCCUGCGCCUCCUCCGAGUCUUUUCUGUCGGCCAGCUUCUUCCCGGGAGCCGCUGUCCCUUCAUUUUCUCCUGAUUUAUUCUGGCCGGAGGGUGCCCUGGGCCCCCUUACCAUAAGGACCUCUGGGGUGCAGGCUGAGCCAGGGAGGGCGGGGGCUCUGCCUCGGUCUGCUCUGCCCCAUGCCCCGGAACAGCACCUGGCAUUCGGUAGGCACUUGGUGAAUGCUUGUGGGUGCACCAGCCUGCCCUGCGGGGCCCAGAGCCGGUUGUUGGCUGGCGCUGGCCUGCCUGGGCACGCCGUGGCACGCUCCUCCACGGCAGGGCCUGUUCUGUGGGGGGACCGGCAACCUCAGCCCUUGGGUGCCUCCAGUUUAGGCUUUCUGCCUACCCAGCAACUUCUAAUUUGGGUGCACGGUUGGGAGGAGCUCUCAGCUGUCAGCCCUGCCUUUGGGGGCUGGCUCCUGACUUCUUGCACAGGCAUUAAGUGCAGUUGGGGGGGGAGUCAGGGCCCCCUACAACCCCCUAGAUUGGAGGUGCCACAGGUAAGCAGCUGGGCCACCACCCCUGCUGCCUGGAUACUGGGCCCCAGGGAGCUGGGUGGGCCUGCCCCCUGGGCCUGGGCCUGGCUGAGCACGGGCCUCCUUGGCAGGUGGGGCAGGAGUCCCUGCAGUGCCGGCUGCGGCCCUUGCGGAGCCAUGACGGAGUACAAGCUCGUGGUGGUGGGCGCCGGGGGCGUGGGGAAGAGCGCCCUGACCAUUCAGCUGAUCCAGAACCACUUUGUGGACGAGUACGACCCCACCAUAGAGGACUCGUACCGGAAGCAGGUGGUCAUCGAUGGAGAGACAUGUCUGCUGGACAUCCUGGACACAGCGGGCCAGGAGGAGUACAGCGCCAUGCGGGACCAGUACAUGCGCACUGGAGAGGGCUUCCUCUGCGUGUUUGCCAUCAACAACACUAAGUCUUUUGAGGACAUCCAUCAGUACAGGGAGCAGAUCAAGCGGGUUAAGGAUUCGGACGAUGUGCCCAUGGUGCUGGUGGGGAAUAAGUGUGACCUGGCUGUGCGCACCGUGGAGUCUCGGCAGGCCCAGGAUCUCGCCCGCAGCUACAGCAUCCCCUACAUUGAGACGUCAGCCAAGACCCGGCAGGGCGUGGAGGACGCCUUCUAUACGCUGGUGCGUGAGAUACGGCAGCACAAGGUGCGGAAGCUGAAUCCGCCCGACGAGAGCGGCCCGGGCUGCAUGAGCUGCAAGUGUGUGCUGUCCUGACAGCAGGAUCCCCUGACCCUCCUGGUACCCUGGCCUGCAGUCAACGGUGUCCUUUGUGCCCUGCCUGGCACAGGCUCAGGACAUGGAGGUGCCGGAUGCAGGGAGGAAGCGCAGAUGGAAGGAAGGAGAAGGGAAGGAAGGAAGGAAGUGUCGCUGGAGCCCGGCCAACCAGGGACGGUGGACAGAGGGGUGAUACAGACCCUCCCAGGGACGCUUUGCAGAGACUGCUGUGAACAGCCCAGAUGCCACCGGAUCCCAGCCCUCUGCCCCUUCCCCGCCCUCUGCAGGCCUGUCAGGCCCAGAUUGAAUCCAGUAAAUUAUUGGAUGGUGGA